CACACAACAACCACACUCUUGCACCGAGCUAGCAGCCAAGAUGGCGACCAAACACCUGGCUCUUUGCCUCCUUGUUCUCUUUAGCAUAGGCAUGGGCAUGGCCACCGCUGCUGCAAACCGCAAACUGGGUUAUGGCCCCGGGGGAGGAGGUGGCGGUGGUGGUAGCGGUGGCGGUGGAGGCGGUGGUUACGGAGGACCAGGCUAUGGGUCCGGAUCAGGGUAUGGUGAGGGCGGUGGCAGCGGAGGUGCUGCUGGAGGGUAUGGACAUGGUGGUGGCGGCGGCGGCGGUGGUGGUGAGGGUGCGGGAGCUGGUGGCUCUGGGUAUGGGUCCGGGCAAGGAUCUGGCUACGGAGCUGGCAGCGGUGCUGCCGGUGGAUAUGGGAGUGGCGGAGGUGGUGGAGGUGGCGGUGGCCAGGGUGGUGGUUCCGGAUAUGGCCAUGGAGGUGGUGAAGGAUACGGCUCUGGGUCUGGCUUUGGUGGUGGUGCUGCCGGCGGCGGCGGUGGACAUGGUGGCGGUGGUGGUGGUGGCCAAGGUGGGUCUGGCUAUGGCUCUGGUUCAGGAUAUGGAUCAGGUGAAGGAUACGGACAAGGUGGUGCUCAUGGAGGAGGCUAUGGAAGCGGUGGUGGCGGUGGUGGCGGCGGUGGUCAAGGUGGUGGUGGCUCUGGCUAUGGAUCUGGAUCCGGCUCCGGUUAUGGAGGCGGCAACGACAACGGACAUUAUUAGGCUCUUUUUAAGAGCUAGAUACAUGUUAUACAAAUAUGUCACCAGACAUGAGUCUGUCUUGUUGCAUGGGAUGCU